AUGAGCAACUACCCCACCACCAACACCACCACCAGCACCACCUACGCGCCCGCCGGCGUGUACACCGACGCCUACUCGAACCCGACCGUCAUGCCAACGACGGGCGUCAUGAUGGGCCAGCCCGCCGUGAUCACCACCACGGGCGCGCCGCCCGUCGUCAUGGCCGGCACCGGCCUGCUGGCCAGCCCCACCGCCUACACGCCCGGCACCACCGUCUACACGCCCGGCACCACCGCCUACGCACCCGGCAUGGGCAUGGGCAUGGGCAUGGGGGUGCCGACCAACAACAAGGUGGUGGACAAGCUGCCCAGCAACGUGCAGAUCGAGCACACGCUGGAGCGGGUGCGGGAGCAGGUCAACAUCGCCAAGCACGAGACCGAGGGCCUCAACCCGCUGGGCGAGCGCAUCCUGACCGACACCGAGCGGCUCGUGGACUCGGCCACGCAGUUCAUGCGCGAGAAGAACGAGGGCGGCAAGCUCCAGCGCCUCGCCCAGGAGGGCCUCCUCGCCCGCCGCGACCUCUCUCUCCAGGCCCGCGAGGCCCGCGACUCGUGGGACGUCGUCGACGGCUUCGACUCGGACCGCCUCCGCUCGCUCGCCCGCGAGACCCUCCAGACCGCGCGCAUGGCCGGCCUCGAGGUCGUCCGCUCCCGCAAGUUCCGCGCCCAGAUCCGCUCCCUCAUCAACCUCCUCUCCGAGGCCGUCUCCGGCGAGCGCAUCAGCAGCAGCGACUCUGACGCGUCCGACGUCGGCGAGCGCUACGACGAGAGCGACCGUAGCUACGACUAUGGCCAGCGCCACCGCAAGGCCCCCGAGGCCUUCCCGCACGCCACCAGCUACGCCGCCCAGGCCCCGGCCCAGGCCUACCCGACCGGCAGCGCCGGCGAGUUCGAGAUCCCCGUGGGCGAGGGCCACCACCGCCACGAGGGCAGCGCCGCCUCUUCGUCUUCAGUGAGCGGGCUGGGCAAGCGGCUCGAGGAGGGCCUCAGCAUCGGCGGGCGGCGGGUGCGGCUCAGCCAGGAGCAGACCAGCCAGCUGGCCGAGCGGUUCACGGAGCUGCUGCGCGACAUCACGCGCCGGCCGGCGACGGCGGAGCUGCUGCGUCGGGUGCUGGACAUCUUCCGGCUGUUCGACGAGGAGAUCGACCGCGAGCAGCGCGGGCAGGUGACGGGCGGGCUGCGGAGCAUGGCCGACAGCGAGCACCUGAAGCGCACGCUGGCGCUGGCGCAGGAGAUCUUCGAGACCUUCACGGGCGACCGCACGCUGGACCCGCUCAUCGGGCACUGGCGCGCCAUCACGCUCACGUUCCGCCGCGACGACGAGGCCCGGCGCUACUUCCACUCGCUGCGGCACUUCUUCGCCGGCCUGCUGGACCACCCGGAGCGCCUGAGCGAGCGCCAGACGCUGGAGGAGAUGAAGGAGCACAUCCGCUGGGCGCAGCAGCUCCACGACGAGAAGCUCCGCGAGCACCUCACGGGCUCCUUCCACGAGGCCCGCGCCAUCCUGCGCAACGUGGAGCGCGACCCGGCCACGCUGCGGCUCAAGAACGACGCCAAGGCCCUGCUGGCCGACAUCAUGCUCGACGACCAGGGCAACGUGGUGCUCAAGACGCAGGCCCUCGAGCAGCUGCGCCUCAUCAUCCUCCAGUCCCUCAUCGAGCGCGUGCGCAUCCCGGUACCGGCCAUCACCGUCAACAACCCGGACAUGCAGCUGCGCCUGAGCAACGUCGUGGUCACCCUGCGCGACCUGGUGCCCGAGAGCGUGGUCAUGACCCACAGCGGCCGCCUGGCCCUCGACCUGGGCCACCUCAAGCAGGGCAUCGACACCUCGUUCGGCGGCGAGGAGGUGGUGUUCGAGGUCAAGAACGUCAACAUCUUCAUCGAGGACGCCGACAUCUGGUUCCGCCGCAACAAGUUCCCCAAGGUGGAGGACGAGGGCAAGAUCCGCAUCAGCGUGGGCGGCUCCGGCGUCGACCUCAAGCUCAUCGUCCGCACCUUCUCCCACUCGGACAAGGUGCUCGAGGUGGACCGCGUCAUCUGCUCCGUCCACAACAUGAAGCUCCACCUCUACGAGACCCGCCACGACGCCCUCUACAACGCCAUCACCAAGGUCCUCUCGGGCAAGAUCCGCCACAACAUCGAGCGCUCCGUGGAGAACAACAUCGCCGACUACAUGGAGCGCCUCAACCGCGUCCUCACCAAGCAGAUCGCCGUGGCCCGCACCAAGGGCGCCCACCUCGGCCCCAUCGCCAGCCUCAAGAACCGCAUCACGCCCACCGGCGAGACACGCGUCUUCACCAACGACACCACCACCCGCCACCCCAUCGCCUAA